AUGGAAGUGAUCACAAAUUUAGACAGCAAAGCACUGAUAAUGACUUAUCUUGUCCAUCUACUACCAACAAGCAGACAUACACUGGAAAAUCUCUCCGAGGACAAUGCAGUUACCUUCAAAGUCUUCCAACCUAAUAUUUCCCUGCCAAAAUUAUUCGAAGAACAGAAAGAAAAGUAUCCCUCAAUUGAUGAAGGCAGUGCUCAUAAUGUAACAAAAAGGGAGGCUGCUGCUGCAAAGUCUGUUGGUGUUGAAAAAAUAAAUGGAACCCCCACAGGAAAAGGAUCUGUGGAACCAGAAGCUAUUAUCCGGUCAAAUCUUCGUGAGAGGCUUAGUUGCAUUUAUGACAAGGUUCUUGUGGUUGAUACUGUCUCUGCUGCAAAGGAAGUAGUUGGUUUGCUCACAAAUCAAUACAGGCAUAUGGUCCAUGCAUGUGAUACGGAAGUAUCAAAGAUUGAUGUUAAGCAGGAAACACCAGUUGAUCAUGGAGAAAUUGUAUGCUGCAGUAUUUAUUGUGGACCGGAAGCGAAUUUUGGAAAUGGAAAGUCUUGUAUCUGGGUAGAUCUUCUUGAUGAGGACGGGAGGAAUAUUUUGGCUGAAUUUGCUCCUUUUUUUGAAGACCCGUCAAUUAAAAAGGUGUGGCACAACUAUAGCUUUGAUAACCAUGUUAUAGAGAAUUAUGGACUUAAACUUGCUGGUUUCCAUGCUGAUACAAUGCACAUGCGCCGAUUGUGGAAUUCAUCAAGAAGAUUAGAAGGUGGGUAUUCUCUGGAAGCCCUUACCGGUGAUUCUUCUGUCAUGUCUGAUGCUAGGUUAUGCCUUGGUGAAGAGUUGAUUGGUAAGGUGUCAAUGAAAACCAUCUUUGGGAAGAAAAAAAUAAAAAAAGAUGGUUCUGAGGGUAAAGUUGUCACUAUUCCUUCUGUUGAAGAGCUGCAAACUGAAGAGCGCGAGUUAUGGAUUUGCUAUUCUGCUUUGGACUCGAUAAGCACUCUUAGGCUUUAUGAGAGUCUGAAAACUAAAUUAUCUAGGAUGGAAUGGAAAUUGGAUGGAGCUAGAAGAGGAUCAAUGUUUGAUUUUUAUAAAACAAUUUGGCGUCCAUUUGGUGAGCUUCUAGUGGAAAUGGAAACUGAGGUGCUAGUUGAUCGUGCAUACCUCGCUGAGAUUGAGAAAGUGGCUAAAGCAGAACAAGAAGUUGCUGCUGACAGAUUUCGCAACUGGGCAUCAAAGUACUGUCCACAUGCAAAAUAUAUGAAUGUCGGAAGUGAUGCGCAGUUGCGCCCUUUUUUUGGUGGCAUACAGAACAGAAAAAAUCGGGAUGAGACUCUUCCAAUAAAGAGGGGAUUCAAAGUCCCCAAUGUUGAUAAGGUCAUUGAAGAAGGAAAGAAGUCUCCAACAAAAUUCCGCACUAUUACUCUGCAUAGGCUUUUUGAUGACCAUUUGAAGAGUGACAUGUACACGGCAAGCGGAUGGCCCUCUGUUAGUGGAGAUGCUCUGAAGGCACUUGCUGGGAGUAUUUCUGAUGAAUUCGAUCUCAUAUAUGAAGCUGCUCAGUUGCAGUCUGAUGAUAGCUUCGGGGUGGCCGAUGAAAUGGAUGAAAGUGAUCUCGCUGAUAAAUCAGCUUGUUCUUCACUUGGAGGUGAUCAAGGAAGUGAGGCUUCCAGUGCCAUUUCUGCUCUAUGUGAAGUUUGUUCGAUAGCUCUUAUAUCCAACUUUAUUCUACCCUUGCAGGGAAGUCACAUAUCAGGCAAGAAUGGGCGUAUUCAUUGUUCACUUAAUAUUAACACAGAAACCGGGCGGCUUUCAGCAAGAAGGCCAAAUUUGCAGAACCAGCCUGCCUUAGAGAAGGACCGCUAUAAGAUUCGUCAGGCAUUUAUUGCUGCACCAGGGAACUCUCUGAUUGUUGCUGAUUAUGGGCAGCUGGAGCUUAGGAUUCUUGCACAUCUUGCUAACUGUAAGAGCAUGUUGGAUGCUUUCAAAGCUGGUGGAGACUUCCAUUCAAGGACAGCAAUGAACAUGUAUCCACAUAUUCGAGAAGCCAUUGAACAAAAACUUGUUCUUCUUGAAUGGCACACACAACCUGGUGAAGAGAAGCCUCCAGUUCCUUUACUAAAGGAUGCUUUUACUUCUGAAAGAAGGAAAGCUAAGAUGCUCAACUUUUCCAUUGCAUAUGGAAAAACUGCGGUGGGGCUUUCCCGUGAUUGGAAGGUUUCUGUGGAGGAAGCAAAGAGUACAGUUGAUCUCUGGUACAGCGACAGGAAAGAAGUUCUGAACUGGCAACAAGAUCGCAAAGCUGAAGCUCGUCAGAGCAGAUGUGUCCACACAUUGCUAGGAAGAGCACGCCGUUUCCCUUCACAAAAAAGUGCUACUUCAGCGCAAAAAGGUCACAUUGAAAGAGCUGCCAUCAACACGCCUGUUCAGGGAAGUGCAGCAGAUGUUGCUAUGUGUGCCAUGUUAGAAAUUUCAAAGAAUGCACGCCUGAAAAAGCUUGGGUGGAAGUUGCUUUUGCAGGUUCACGAUGAAGUUAUCCUGGAAGGGCCAACAGAGUCAGCUGAGAUAGCCAAGGCCAUAGUGGUCGACUGCAUGUCAAGACCGUUCAACGGAAAGAAUAUUCUUAAGGUGGAUCUGUCUGUUGAUGCCAAGUGUGCACAAAAUUGGUAUGCGGCCAAGUAGAUAAUAUGUGGAUUGCCAAAACUUAUAUGGUCUUUGUGGCGGGCUUGCCUUUUGCACGUUGUCAAGAGCACAGCAUGAUCUCUUCAUGCUCCGAGGUGGUUUUAGCUGUCUCAAAAUUUUGCAGCAUCUGAUUCGUAUCAUACCUUCAGCUAUGGGUAGUCAAUGUGUCAUAAUUCUUGUUUUGCUUGUCAUGGAUGAUGGACUUCUAUGCAGUCUGAGCAUUCUGAGCGUUCUGAGCAUCCGUUGGGAGUUAGAAAGCCUGCUGAAUUUUGAUUGAUUGUAUAUAGGAAAUUCUCUUAUUGGUUGUAUGUAAAUCCUAGGACGUUCGAGUCUCAUCUUAUUUUGUAUUUUCUAGCGUCGGACAUCUUUUACCUUAUUUUGUAGAAAACCUUUCCAUGAGAGGGAGAAUUAUUGUACCUUUAUUACCCAUUUUUCUAGAGUAACGAGUUAAUUGGUGGCGUGUUUCUUUGAGUUCCA